AUGCAACUCAUCCACCUGACGGCCCUCCUCCUGGCGACCUCGGCAUACGCCCAGGAUAACAACAACAACGGCAACGCAAUCGACUCCCUCGUCACAGCAGCAAACAACAUCGCCUCCAACGUCGUCGCCGACGCAACCUCCAUCGCCUCCGCCUUCGAAACCGGCGGCGCCUCCGCAGCCUCAAACGUCCAGUCCUGGGCGACCUCCGUCGCGUCCGACGCGCAGUCCCGCGCCUCUGACGCCGCGAGCAAGGCUUCCUCUGCCUGGAGUGAUCACCUGACGACCCUGACCGGGACGAAUGGGACGCCUACUGCGACCGAGACGCGGUCGGCGAGCGAGACGGGUAGUGGCAGCGGGUCAACCACUGCGACGCUGACGGAUACUACGACUUCGACGAGUGGGUCGAUGACUACUACCAUGACUCGCACGAGCACCAGUACCGGUGCGGCCGGGUCGUCGUCCUCGACGUCUCAGGGGGCGGGUGCGCAGGCGACGCCCUUCCUGGGGGCGGGGAUUGUGGGUGUUGCUGGUGUGCUUGGUGUUAUGGCUGCCCUGUAG